CGCGGCUCGGCGGGCGCGGGGAAGGGGCGGUGCAGCGCGGGCGGGAACGGCAAGCAGGGCAUGGCGUCUAUGGCGGCGGCGAUCGCGGCCUCGCGCUCGGCCGUCAUGAGCGGCAACCGGCCCCUGGACGACCGGGAGCGGAAGCGCUUCACCUACUUCUCGUCGCUCAGCCCCAUGGCCAGGAAGAUCAUGCAGGAUAAGGAGAAGAUCCGCGAGAAGUACGGGCCCGAGUGGGCGCGGCUGCCUCCCGCGCAGCAGGACGAGAUCAUCGACCGCUGCCUGGUAGGGCCGAGCGCCCUGGGCCGCCAGCCCGGCGACCCCGGGGACCCCGAGGACCUCGUGCGCUUCCCUGGCCUGCGCGGGCCCACGGGCCAGAAGGUGGUGCGCUUCGGAGAGGAGGACAUAACUUGGCAAGAUGAACACUCUGCUCCCUUCUCCUGGGAAACAAGGAGCCAGAUGGAGUUCAGCGUGUCCUCCUUGUCCAUCCAGGAGCCAAGUGGCGGCACCGCCUGCGAGGUGCGGUGCAAAACCUCUCAGGGGGCGCAGAUGCCCCGGGCCCCCCAGGGUGGCAGAUCGUCCAGCCUGGAUGCUCUGGGACCUGCCCGGAAGGAAGAGGAGGCCUCCUUCUGGAAGGUCAACGCAGAGCGGUCCCGGGGGGACGGGCCCCAGGCCGAGUUCCCGUCGCUGACCCCCAGCCAGAUCAAGUCCAUGGAGAAGGGAGAGAAGGUCCUGCCUGCCUGUUACCGGCAGGACCCGACCCCGAAGGACAAGGAGGCCACAGCAGAAGGGCCGGGCAUCCUCCACCAGGAGCAGUAUGGCCUUCCCAGCAUGGGCACCGAGCACGAGAGACCCCAGCCCAGCCAGGCCUGCACCGCCACCGCAGGCGACGCCACCCCCUCCGAGCCCGCAGGGGAGCCGCCUCCUCCCGAGGCCAGGCAGGAGGCCAAGGAGGACACUCUGUUCUCAGAAGCCAUGCCUGCACAGGUCAGCUCAAGUAAUGUCAUCUUGAAGACAGGAUUUGAUUUUCUGGACAACUGGUAAAAUGUGUGAGACAAAAAAAAAUCAUAAUACAACUCAGAAGCCCAAGAUGUUUUCCACAGUGGUGUGGUAGACAGGGGGGAAAAGGGCCACACUUCCCUGUGUGUUUUCAUGUUUUCUCUACACUCUUUUGGAAUCAUUUGGAAACUGGUAAUAUUGCCUUGUCCAGAUUUCCAGAUUCUAACCUUUUUGGUAAGACCAGAUAAAUAUGCUGUCUCCCAGGAUUUGAUAACAAAAGUUUCACAUUUGGAAUUUUUAAACACCAUCAGGAUUUUAGCGAGUCUUGUUAAUUAACACUUCUGUUUCCAGUUAGUUCUGCCCAAUUUUCUCCCUCCUUAAAGUUUCCUCAACCGUGUCACAAAAAUCGUAAAAGUAACUUUCAACUCCUUUUCUUUUUUUCCCCUCCCUUUAAAAAAUGUAUGGGGUUAACUUUGACGGGUGACGGUUGGUGAUGGCUCCGCCAUGUGACACUGGCACCCUAGUUGUGAUUGCGGGAAGAUCUGCCCCCUUGACCUCUUGCCAACGCCCAGGGCUUCACUGCCGAAGGCCACAUUUCUCCCGUUGUGCACCACCCUCCACCCUUACGUCUUUUCCGGAAAACGGACUGCUGUGGCACGGCGGAGGUUGUCUUUAAGCUGCCCUGAUACCUAUUCAAACGACACAUCCUUGUUUAAGAAGAGUUGCAUGCUUAAAAAUUUUACGUUAACUUUUCAUUACUUUGUAUCUAGAUUUAGUGGUUGUAGCGCUUCUGUUUUUCUUGGGUUUGUAGCGGUUCCCUUUUGGAACUUCUUUGAGGCUUGGGUGCCCCUCCAGACGGCCCCUGUCCUGGCCUCCGCAGGAGGAAGGGCCGUUCUGCUCAGGCGUGGAGGACAGAGCUCUUCUGAUCAGUUGUGUCAGAACCUUCCCGUGUGAGACUGGUGGGGGCAGUCGACGUCCUUGGUCCCGAGGACGAGGACGGCUCUGCUGCGUCCCCCGACCCCGACCACGGGCAGAAGUGGAGUGCGUUCUGCACGGCCCAGCAGCGCCCCCUGGAGACCUCUGUGGCGUCUCUUGGAGCUGGACCUGCUGCCUGCCCGCUGCUGCUCAGGCGGAGGCAGCUCCCAGGCGAGCUGUGCCCCGGCCGGUGCAGGGCGGCGAGGUGUGGGCGCCUUACCCUGACCAGUGGGCCCUGAGCUGCCCGAGCCUGCAGGACAGGCCCGAGUGUGACACACACGCCACUUCUCACUGUGUUCCUCUCACCUGAAGCCUUAAUGCCACGAGUUCUUCCAGCGAGCGCCUGGUUUCACAUCAAAGGUGUCUUUUUAAAAAUGCCUGUUUAAUAGAAUCUUCUGAAAUGAUUUCCAGAAUAUUUUAUCUUGCUCUAAGGUAAAGCACAUGGCAGCCUUUUUUUCCAGGAAAGUUUCUGCCAAAGCUAUGGCCUAGGCGACUUUUGGUUUGGUUUCUGUCAAUUGUGUAAUCCCCCUAAAUCUCAUUUGGCCCCUUGGGGUCUCGGAUUUGACCUUCCUCUUUGGUGGCUGACUAUAUCAUGGCACAUCCAGGCUCUUCCUGUGCUGUUUGAGGAUGGUUGAAACAUGCAAGGGAAAAGGGGUUUUAGCAUGGUGGGGAGGGGAUAAGAUCCUAGAAAUCCAGCUGUAACGGCAUGGCAGGUGCCAGCCCCUCUGGCCAGCUGCUGGGCUUACCACCUGCCCCUCCUUCAGCCCCUAGGGCAAUGGCUGCUUUAGAGCCCAUAUGCUUGAAAGGGGCACAGGCUUUUUUUAAGGGUCCCUUUAAAAAAGAUGUGCAGCCUUGAGUUUGUAGUCCUUGGUGUUAGUGUAGUAGGGAAAAAAGAUUAUAUCCUGGGACAGUUAGCCCAAAGUGAUCAGUCUGUACUUUUGGGAGGGGGUUCUAGUUCCUCUCCCACUCUUUCUGUAAAGCCCAGUAUGCCCUUCAGGUUCUCCUGGGAGCUGAGGGGGAGUGGGGAUUGUUGAAAGCUCCUGCCCCCUUUAGUACCACGUGGGGCCCAGCACCCAGCAGUGUUCAGGUGUCUCUUAGAAUGGUGUGUAGAGUUCCAUGUAGUGCAGCCUCCUGGGAGUAAAUGCAGCGUCGGCCCUCAGAAGGCCUGGAGGGAGUCCUGGAGUCAAACGGUGCUGCCUUGUGCUGCCUGUGGAGAUACAGGGUGUGGGAGAGAUGAGGCCCGGGAGGGCACAUGCUCGUGGGUCGCCUGCCACCUCACCUGCAUAUCCUGCUCUUAACCCAGGGUGGUCUGGGCAAAGGUGGUCCCUUUCCCUGCCUGCUCGGUGUCUGUGUCCUGUGUAUCCAAGUAAGGGAAGUUAAGCUCCUAUUUCCCCAUGGAUAGGACGAAUUUUGUAAAACCGGAAGUUUGUCUCUAUGACUUAAAAAAUACACUGUCAGCUAGUGUGUGUGCGCUUUGAGUGCCCCGGCCCCCAGCCUUCUCCGCACCUGGGAUUCAGCUCAAGGAUUCAGUGUUUUGCUUUGGGUAACUUUGGGGUAUUUUCAGAGCUCUGCCCCAGGAAGUUAGAAACCAGUGCCUGUUCUUUCACCUGGCGGCCCCUCACCCCAUGCUCUGGUUUGGGGGUGCUGCCCACCUGGGGACCUGUGGGGGUCUGUCACCUAGCUUGCGCCACACCCCAUGCGGAUGUCAGAGCCACCUCCUUUCCUCUGCGCCUCCCUUCCUUUGAUACGUUUUCAAAAAUGAAAAAUUCUUCCUGACUACUUGUAACUUGGUUGUAUUUUAUAUUAAUAGCCUUUAAUAAAGCCAUUUAAACUAUU